AUGCAGAAAACCGAUCUUACUGACCGCAUUCCAUUUUCAGUUAUCGUUGAUUGCAAAGCUCUGGAAAAGCUUUGUGUCUACGUUUGCAAUACCGAUACUUUUAAUUCCAGCCGUUAUUUUGCUGGAAUUGUCGGCAAUCAUCCAGAUUUCGGAAAUUGGAACCCUCUAAUGGGCAAACCGUGUAAAUUCCGUGCUCAGAAGAUGGCUGGAUCUGAUCUCUGGUCCUUAGAUGUUCCCAAAGACGUAUUCAAAAAAAAUUUUAAAUAUAGAUUUUAUGUUGCUGAAAAACGAACCGAUCCCGACCAAUUCUCUGACGACAAGAAAAUCAUUAUUCUCGCCUGGGAGUCUCGACUUAAACCUCGUGAAUUUAAUAUAUCUUCAUUUAACAAGGGGGAACUAGAAAUGAAAACGGUUAAAUUUGGGAAAUAUGAAAAUGGAACAUUCAUUCAACGUGGCUAUCUGAUCAAUCAUUCUGAGGUUCAUGUACGUCUGCCUGCUGCUGGUUUGAAAUUGUCAAGAAAUGCCCUCUCUUAUUUAUCAUCGUCCACUCGAGAUUUAACAAAGUUAGUGGGCCAGCGAAUUUACGUAACUUGCCGUCAAUCGGUGAUGAAAGGAAAUGACCUGAUUAACGCUUUGGAAGGAGAAAUUCCAAUCUAUCCGGAUGAAAGGAUUACAACCAAGCAAAAUACAAAGAGCUCAAGUCAUAUAAUCUAUUCAGAGGAGCCGAAUUUAGCUAAUGAGAUUCAUUCUCAACAAAUUGAUCCCAGUUUGGAGUUCCCUGAUGAUUAUCCUCCGAAGGAUUCUUCUGGGGGGUCUCAAGCAAUACCCAUUCGGGGCAAUCUUAACAGUGCUUUUUCUAUUCCGGUUCCUAGACGCUGUGAGUUUUCGGUAUCGCCAAUCUCCAGCCACAACUCCACUUGUCCUUCAACUCCGAGAUCAACAUCGCCUGCCCCAUUUCAAAAUGGAGAGCCGCCUGUGUUAGUCUCUGUACUUGCGAAGGAACGAUGCACUAGACGUCUUCCUGAACACACUGGUUGCUGGGGCACUCUCUAUUCGGGCACGGAAGAUGUCUUUUUUUACCUCGAAGUCCUCAAUUGUGACGACGUUGCUAUUCAGUUGGAAUUCUUCAUUGAGGUUGUCAAACAGAAUGGUAGUAAGAAUGAUGGAAAAGAAGAUGAAAAGCUCCCACCAGUUGUAUCUCUUGGGACCGCUUGGCUCGGCCCUUUCACUGAUUACUGGGGACACAAGCGUAUCCAGUUGCUUAAUCAUAAAAGCGGGCCUAUUGGAGAUGUCAAGAUUUCUUAUAUGGUUAUUAAUCCCAUUGUGGGUGGGGCUCCGCCCAAAUUUGAUGUGAGUUAUAAGCACUAUUGGAAGAAACGGGACGCCCUUGAUAUUGGUCAUCGUGGAAUGGGCACUUAUUACUUGUCCAAGAAAGAGAAGGAUGCAGAGAGGCCCGCGCCAAUUAAGGAAAAUACUCUUGGUUCCUUCCAGACCGCGGUUAAACAUGGAGCGGAUUUUGUUGAGAUGGAUGUUCAACUCACAAAGGACCAUAUGGUCGUUGUUUACCAUGACUUUGAAACAGUCAUCACUCCUCGCAAGAAAAAGAAGGGCCAACUGACAAAUUUCCCAGUUCCUGUGAAGGAUCUACCCUUUGAGUACCUUCGUGAACUUCGUCUUCAGCACGCCACUGUCCUCACUGAACCCCAAACAGACGAAGACAUGGAUCGUGAAGAUUCUGAUCCCGUAGAGCUGCAAGAUUUCCCACUGCUUCGUCAAUGUCUCCAGGAAGUAGAUCCAGAGCUUGGAUUCGAUAUUGAGGUCAAAUAUCCCCUUGAUUUUAAGUCGGGAGGAAGCGAGAUGUCAAACUUCUUUGAGCGAAACUUUUAUAUUGAUACUAUUCUUCGCGAGAUCUUUAAAUACUGUGGAAAUCGUCGCAUUCUUUUCUCAUGCUUUGACCCCGACACUUGUGCUAUGCUGCAGGCUAAACAAAUACGUUUCCCCGUUUUUCAAUUGGGUGUCUGUCCAGAGUACAAAGACGUUCGCCAUGGAUCUUUUGACAUGCUCUGCUAUUCAGCUAAAGCAAAUGAACUCUUGGGUGUUGCGGCUAACAGCGAUGAGUUUCUUCGAAAACCCGAUAGGGCUGGGUUUGCAAGAGAACUAGGCCUUAUUGUUCUCGUUUGGGGGACUGCUUCGAACGAUUCGAAGAAUAUGGAGCAACUCAAGAAACUCGGAGUUCGUGGACUUAUCUAUGACAGAAUGCAAGAACAUAAGCAGCUUGGAACCGUUAGUAUGCUAAAGAAGAAUAAGUCGGCAAAGAAUGCCGAUUCUGAUGACGAUUGUAAUGAUCAUCACGAGGCAGAACGCUCUAACUCAAACCGUUCAACUGCCUCUCCUUCUCCCCCCGAAUCUGGGACUUCAACCCCAUCCCAUCAUGGUGGCGCUAAGCCCGAUUGUCUGGAUCUUGAAGCUCUUUCAGAGAGCCUAAGCAGACAGUUGUUACCUGAGACCACUCCCUCUCGAAAUGGACGGCGGUUGACUCUCACAACUAAUUUUAAUUAG